CUUUAUUGUCAGUGAUUUGUUCUCGUUAAAAACAAAUUUGAGUUGAAUCUUAUGAGUAAACCUUGAGGUGUCUGGGAUACUUUAAUGUGCCUUUCUAUUCAUAUCUAGCUCUUAACUGUCAGUGCAGCUGGGCUCGACCUACCAAAGCCUGAAUGUGCAGAUAUUUUGUAGCGUGUCAUACAACAGCUCAAGUUUCUUGUAGUGCAGCUAUCCCAUCUGUUGGGUAAACUGUGGCUUCAAGAAACAAAAUCAGUCAGGUGAAGGUUUGAAGAUAUUUUUUUUCUUAUUAUCAAAAUAUCCCACAUAAUAGAGCUGUGUGAGGUAAUAUAAAAUACCUUAAACUUUUACCUUAAAUUCUUUAAUGAGACUUCACUUGCAACUAACAUGGACAGUAUACUGUGUGGGAAUCAUGUCAUACAAACGAUUAAAGAGAGUAGCUGCUAAUGGCGUUUGUAAUGUGGACUGUAUGGAACCGCCUUUCGCAGAGGAACAGGCUACUCUAAUAACAUUGGACCAGCAAUUCUUACGGAUUGCGUUACAAUUAUACCAAUAUUCACGGCAACGGUGACACGUGAUGGUUGUUUCCCGAGAGGACGAACCUCCACCCAAAAAAGUAUAAACAUGUGUCCUAGCAUUUCAAAGCGACUGCAGAAAGCAGGACUUCCUACUAGAAGGUGUUUGAUAUCAUAAACCAGAAUGUGCUCAAGACACAGUGGCACUCACUCUGUAUAUUCGCGACGAAGAUAUACACAUGAAACGUCACUGCGUUCUUACGCAUGCGUAGCAAACACACACUUCCCUGUCAACCAUUUGACAGCCGCCCAUUGGCCCUCUCAACUAACCCGCCUCCAUUAUAUGUGAAUGUUUCGCGGGAACAUUGAAGACGUGAAAUAACCUAAUCUGUUCUCGUGAGAAGGUUCUGGAUAUCAGUCCAACUGAGCCCGUAUUGAAGUAAAGUUUUCGUAUCCUGGUUGAACAAAUUUAACUAUGUUCGAAAAAACGCUCUUUUUGGCUUUAACUUUCGCGUUGCUUCACACCGGAAAACUUCAAACUUCGAGCUCUACUCAGGGAAUCGAAAGAUCAAACGGUGAUGAUCUCACUUUUCAGUGUAAAAUCCCCCCGAGAACCAACUUGAAGUGCCCCUCUCUGGUUCUGAAACGAGUCGAUGGAAAUACAAGUUACCCCACAAGUGUCAUCUACACCUGUCGAAAUGGAAAGGAAGAUCUUGAUUCACAGCCGGAACAAUACAGAAACCGGGUGAAGUUCAUCAAUGAGGACAUGAGGAGAGGAAUGAUCACUGUACGGAUCCAAUCAGUCCAGCAGUCUGAUAGCGGAAAGUACAAAUGGUUUAUCCCAAAUUCAAAAUACGCCUGUUCUUUUGAUGUUGUUGUGACAGAGAAGCAAAACCUUACUAAGGAGAAUGACACCAGCACAACAGCAACAGAGGAAAUGCCAGAUACAGAUCCUGCACCAGAGAUCCGUCAUCAUUAUUAUGCCCUCAUUCCCGUCUUUGCUCUUCUCAUAGCUCCUGUUUUCCUGAUGCUCUUCAAGAACAGGAUUUGGAAGACUGAAGAGAAAGACUCUGAGCUGGAAACCCAAGGUAACAAAGCAAAGGAAGGAGAUGAAGAGGAACAGCUCAAGAAACCAUCAGCAGGAGGAACUGACGGACUGAAAGGAUAAUCUCAUCAUCACGGCCAGAGAAAAGAAGCUUUUUUGAAUAUCCACCAUUUGGGCCAUUCAUCUGAUCCUUCUGUCAGUUGCUCAGGUGCAACUAAAUAUUUCCUGGAAACGUAGAAAAAAGUAAGAUUGUUUUAUGAAUUAUUUGGAAAAUCAAAUUACUUAAGAGUAGGGCUGCCACGAUCAGUCGACUAGUCACGAUUACGUCGACUAUCAAAAUCAUCGACGGCUGAUUUAAUAGUCGACACGUCGUUUGAUGCUUUGUAAGAUCCCAAAAUACGCAGGAAUAAGUAGCAGGAUUUAAGAGUGUAAUAACGGACUGAAACAGAAGAUGGCAGCACUGCAUGUACAAGGAUGCCAGCUGCCGUUAAACCCCGAAGAAGAAGAAGCUGUUUCCAAAUUCAGGAACUGCAUCCUCCUGUGCCCGCAUUUGUAGGCCGAUUACGUUACAGCCACAUGACGAAGACUGUCCAAACUCAAACACUCCGACAAAUGCGGCCCAGAAAUGCGUCCUUCAUUUCCCCAGAUUUGAAGGAUGGGUCGUGGCCCAACCUAUCCCAGAAUUCAUAGCGCGGCCCAGCUCAGUUUCCAACAAUGG